CAACUAGUUAAUAUCAAUAAGUACCUAAGCAUGGAGCUGUCACCAAACUUUUAGCCUUUUAGCGUGUGUUAUGGAAUAAAACACCAAAAACCAUAUACGGGAGGCCACCCCGCGGGUUUGCACCAUAGCCCGAGUUUACAACAAUAGCCCGAGUUUACAUAAUCAACCUUGUGUAACUACCCGACAUCAUCUCGGUAAAUUGUAAUGAGCAAAAUAUAAAUCAAAUUUACGUGUCGCUACUGCAACAACUUUCUACGGCUCGCGUUGCUCGGUUUUCACAAUGUCGCUUUUACGAUUACCUCCCGAGACUCUAACACAAAUCUUUGAUCAAAUUGGCUCAUAUUUCUUCCGCGAGGAUUUAGGCCGUCUUACAGUUUGCAACCAAUGGUUCGAAUUCGCUCUUCCUGCGUGCUUCAAGUGCAUCACACUUUCUCAGAAGACCCUGUGGAGCCUGAUUGCCUCUGGGAUCCUCGAUAGUCCGAAGGAUUAUCUAUCGCUACCUACGAUGCAAAGUUUACUCUCGUUAGAGAAUCUGAGCGUCCUAGUGCUAGAUCUGCCUACCGACCUACCGGGGAUAACGUCCGCGGCUCACGCUAAACGAUGCGGUUCCCAAGCCGGAGGACUGCUUCAACUGAUAGCCGACAUACAGGAACAGGCAGAAGUUCUCGCAACCCGAAUGGCGUCCCCUAAAACCAUAAGGAUCCUGACUCAUUCAAUCCCGCAGUUUGAAACACAGUCGUUCGACGUCCUGACUGGUAAGACUAUGCUGCUGGACCAUGAUAUGGCUUGGGACGAAGAUGGCAAGACUGUUAAGGAGGACUCGGAACCAGAAUCUGAGCUUCUAGAUGAUGAUUUUCUACUUUCUCAGAUGAAUAAUAUUGUUUUGACGGUAUAGCUCUAGCUCCAGGGUCUUCAACAUGAGCUCGGCGGCAACUCAGCUUUAGGAACAGAGAUGGCAUUCGGUAAGGUUGAGUGCUCGAGUAAUAUGGUGUAUGUCGAUGCAAAUAUGAGCACCUCACGACAGAUUUGGGCGCUGUUGAACAAUAUCGUUGCAGUCGAUAUGGGGAUACUUAUGCAAAUCAAGCUAAGAAAGUAGAUGGCGCAACAUGCAGCGUUUACGAGUCAGAGAGACCUUGCUUAGCUACGUGAAUUAUUGACGAUACUUUCGUAACGGCCGCUACACCCUAUAGUCGUAUGUGAUGGAUGUGUUGUGUAUUGCAGUUUAUAUGUCUUGUGUUGUUGAGUGAGAC